AUGGAUACCACCCCUCUGCUCCCUCCCGGGCUUUCCUUCCCUUAUCGUCGCAAUGGAUCCAGGUUCGAGUUAUGGCUCAUCAAGAUGAGUUUUCCCCUACUGUUUACCAUACUCCUUCAUCUUGAACUCGACGACCUUCGGCAACUUGGUGCAACUUCUCAAAGAUUGCGCAACCUAAUCAACGCCUAUCGGAGGAGGGUCUGGUACUUCCCGCGUUUCCUAACUGCAUGGCAUCUGGGCCCAGACAUUUUCCUUGCAAAGAUGGAGCUUACCGGCGCGAUAUGUGCAGGAUGGCAAGCCUUGCGAUUCCUCGAUCGACUUCCGCCCGACCCUUCGACUGGACUGGAUGUCUUCGUGCGGAUAGCGGGCGCUAUAGCACUCGGACGCCACCUAUUCGAGGCUGGUUAUGUUCUUGGCCGCUUCGACGUACCUGCCAUCAUUCAGUACCGUCAAUUCGAACGCGAUGUCCUUGGACUUUCCGGUGGGACUCAGAUACGCCAGCUCAUGGACACCUAUGGCAUCAUAGCGUGGUUUCCAUUCAAGAAGUUGGUUGUUCGUUUGGGAAGGCGUGAAGUUGUGCGGGUAUCCCUUGCUAUAACAAAUGUCAAUCCUAUUGACUUUGUGAUCAAUAACUCAGGAUGCACUGCGAUGAUGCAGAUCAUUACCCCGCGUCGUUCCAUCUCCAUUUUUCCGGCCCACACCUUCAUCAAGCGUGUCUCGUUCUUAUUGCACACAGACAAGGACGCCGUGAAGUGCGCCAUAUCGAUGCACGAGAAAUACCCAAUACCCUUUGAGAUCUCUUCCUCCUGUCGAGGAUUUCCUCCAGAUGGAUUCCCGUUAGGAGUGCGAUGGUUAGCAGACAACACUUGCUGGAUUCAGCCUGUCAACGACGAACUGGUUUUGGAUUACCUGAUACAGGACUACGAACACCAAUAUGCGGCGGGCCAAGGCAAGCCCUCGUUGGCAACAACUGUGUACAAUGGGGCUGUCACACUGAGAAGGAUUGAGAUAGGUGACUUCCUGGACAAGAAAUUUUGCGUCUACCAAUUAGGUUCUUUCUCGGGGCCAUGCCAGACUAUAAGGGCUCGCGAGAUACGGACUGGUCGGUCCUUGCUUUUGCGAGCCAUUCGGAAAUCGAGUGUCCUUCCGGAUGCUCUGUUCAAGGACCUCCAGGCAGUAGAAGUCGUGUCAAAGGCGGAAGACCAUUUUGUGCGGUUCACUCGGCUCUUCCAGACCGAGUUAGAUACCUUCUUAGUAUUCGAAGAUGAAGGAGUACCGUUAUCUUCUAUCAUCCGAAACAAUAAUAUAGCAACAUUCUCACCCCGGCAAGUACGCGAAAUUGUUUGGCAAACCGCAAACGCGUUGGACUUCUUACACUCCCAUGGUAUAACCCACGGCGAUCUUUGUCCUUCCAACAUCAAGUUGUCGAGUAUCGCCACUGUCCAAGAAGUAUACUUCGACUGGGAAAGUCGCUCCUUCGACACUCGGAAAGUACUGAAGUCCACCGAGCUUCGAGUAUGUUUCUUCGGUUCUCUUGGGGUCGACAACCGCUCCAGGAAUCACGAUCGUUUUCGUUCCCCUGAGGUUGUAGCGGGCAUUGGCGUUGACUACAAGACGGAUAUUUUCUCUCUGGGAUGCUUGAUGAAGGAGUUGAUUAUCAAUCGACCAUUCCUUUACGACUGCAUGGAUUCGAUGUUCUACGUCCGAGACAAGCUGUGGGUCAUGGAGAAUAUCCUGGGUAGUUUCCCCCAAGAGCUUGCAGAGACGAUUGAGGCGAAACACGCGGGAGUCUUCACACCCUGGUGGCGUGUUGCCACUAGCAGUGAAGAUCAUUUCGACGACAAGAUUGUGGAAUUCGUGGGAGAUAGCGAUACACUACCGGAAUUGAUUCGGGAUAGGGAUGCUCUAGAAGUCAUCCGAUCUAUGACAGCCUAUAGGCCCAGCGACAGGCCAUCAAUAUGGGUUCUCACAAGCGCAGACUACUUCAGGACAGAAUUCUAG